CCCCGGCUCUUACCGCCGACAGCCCUGCCUUGACGAUGAAGAGCACAAUGGAGCCAAUUCGACCGAUACUUACGAUGCCACCACCGAUGCUCCCACCACCAUCACCACGGAAAUCAAUCAAACUGUUGGGCGGCCACCAGUCGAAUGGCAGCACCUCUUCCAUUGUCCCGCAUUUCUCGUUUCAUGGUCGUGGACUCUCGUUAUCGAGAUCGAGAACACAUUCCCGCUCUCCAACUCGUCGAGCAUUCUCCCAACUCGCACACCGCUCCCCAACCCGUCUCUCCUUCCACAAAAGCGGCACUCAACCACCCUCAUUCCCGCCUCCUGGCCCUCCGACCACAGAAGAAGUCGGUCCAGGUUGGGAUUCCUGGGAUACGACAGAUGUCCGAGGUGCGAUGUGGACGAAGAACAUGGUGGCAGUGAGAGGAGAGAGAAGUGCUAGUGCAGGGACGGUGAUGACGUUGGGGAUGUUGAGCAUGAGUGGAAAGAGUGAGGGUGGUGGGGAUAGUCGGCCGGUUAGUGGGCAGAGUUGGGAGUUUGAAAAGAUGGUUGAGGGGUUGGAAGUGGGAGGGGGGAUUGCGUACUAAUAGCGUGAAAGGACAUGACGGUAAUGGGUAUGUGUUUGGUAUUUGGGCAUUUUCUGGCGUUUUUGCAUCUUGUUUUAGGCGGUUUGGCAUGAAUUGCCGGCCGAUAUUCUUAGCAUCUAAUGUAUUUUAAUGUGGUAGAGGACCACAGGUUAGAGCGGUG